AAGUUUCUUUGGAAAACAGCUGCAAAAGGUCUUCUGGUUCUUUACGCGGUUCCAGUUAUGCACCUCCCUUUUCAGCAAAGAACUUCGACCAGAAAGAAACUGGUUAUCAAACUCCAGAACAGAUAUCUGGUUACAAACGCCCAGAAGAGACAGAACUGGGGUAUCAAACCGCCAAGAAGGAAAACUUGGGGCAUGAAAGAAGGGAAUCUUCUCAACGUAUUCAACAAGCAACUGGAACACCAAUGAAGAUGAGGUGCUAA